AUGACCAUAGCCAAGAAUAAACCGAUUAGUACGACGUUUGAAGACAUGAAGACAUUGUUGAUAAAUGCGUAUCAAGGAGGAGAGGACAAAUUGAUGAACACUCUCCUGCUUGUAACGAGAAUUCUUGAACCAUGUGCUUAUAGCACGGUAUGUCGAAUACGUUUCAUUCUGAUCGAUUUAAUUUCUCGUUGGUGUAAUAUAAUUCUAUUUUGUUUUAUCAUAGGUGUUGAAUACUAACAGCCCGUGGACGUUGGAUGUAUUAUACUGUUUAAGUGAUCUAUACCGUCAACCGAAUUUAAAAAUGAAGUUCCAGUUUCAGAUAGAAAUUUUAUUCAAAAAGUUAAAAGUUGAACUCGAG